UACUGAAUUUAUUGUUGUCGGUGAAAACUGAGACACAGUGUCCCUGGUAUUUAGCUACCAUUCCAUUUAAUUGGACCGUUUACCACACUAAAACUUUUAUCAUCCUUGUUAAACUAGAUUUUAACGUCAGACGCAUGGUUUAGUUAAAAAAAAACCUCGACGAUGUUCGAACAGACCUUCAAGAAUUUCCAAAUCAAUUUCAGCGCUCUCAAUGAGAGGAAUACUUUCUCCAGUGGCGAUCCAAUAACGGGACAGAUCUCCUUCGAGCUCACGAAGGAGACGAAGAUUACCUUAAUGACUGUGAAACUGACGGGAAAGGCGGAUGUCCACUGGUCGUCCGGUGGAGGGGGGGGAAGGAGGGGAAGACAGCGGAGACACUACUCAGCAAAACUGAACUUCUUCGACUUCAAAAACGUCAUCAUGCAAGAAAACACUGCUACUGGUAGGACGACAAAACUUCAGCCUGGCACGCAUGUGUAUCCAUUUUCAUGUCAGCUGCCACAGGGAGACUUCCCAUCCAGCUUCCAAGGGAUUCAUGGAAAAAUAUUGUACAGCUUGACAGUGAGCAUCAGCAGACCCUGGCAUAUGUCCAAGGACUUUGUGACGGAGCUGAACUUCGUAAACCGCAUUGAUACCAACCAGCCAGUGCUGUGGGCUCCUCUCUCAGGCUCCAACCAAAUGACACUGUGCUGUCUGUGGUGUGCCUCAGGUCCUAUCACAAUGACAGUCAGUGUAGAGAAGAAAGCCUUCGUUCCUGGUGAAACGGUGAAAAUAAUUUGCGAGUUUAGUAACAGCUCAACUCACACAGCUACUCCGAAGGUGAGGCUGCAGCAGAAGCAGGUUUACUACACCCACAGCAAGGUCAGCAAGAGGAUGUUAGUCAAGCACUUGGCGUCACUGACUGGGGAGCCCAUCAGCGCUCAGACCUCCGAUGUGCACACUGAGAUCAUGCUCACUAUUCCCUCGUCUGCAUCGCUCACCAUCUCUAACUGCAGCAUCCUGGUUAUCGAGUAUUUUAUUGAGGUGAGCCUCUGUGGAUUUGCUUUCCCUGAUCUCACAGUUCUGGUUCCCAUCAUCCUGUGUGAUUCCCCUGUGCUCAGUCAGCCCCCACCUUAUUUAUGAGUGCAUUUGUGAAUAUUUUGAAUUGCUUCAAAUGUAUGUGAUGAAAUGACAACAUAAUGUAAUUUCUCACCUUGACUUGUUACUGGAACAACCUUACAGUGUUUCUCAGGGUCUUUAUAUCAUUCUCUCCUUACCAAGGAUGACCUCUGCCAAGUUUUUUUUGGUUUGUUUUGAAAGAAACAUUUUUGUAUGAUUAAUUUCAUUUUUAAAGAUAUAUAUUUUGCUCAUUUUUGCAAACUUCAGCUAUUAAUUCCAGUCCUCCUACUAUCAAAUUCUACCUCAUUAUUCUACUGUAUACCAUUUGUUGUACAGUUCUGUGUGUGUGUAUUGCAACUGUAAGUCUGUUUAAAUGAGCUAUUAGCAAGUUUUGCUAUUGCUACAUAAGCCAUAGUUAGUGUUAACAGCUGUUUGCUUACUGGUCUAGAAAAAACUUGGUAAGUUUAGCUUCAAAUUUAAUUAUUUUACUUCCUCAUUCCUUUACCUUUACAAACAACUUUAAUGUUUUCCUUGUAGUUUUAUCACGGCUCUUCUACUGAAGUUAGCGUGCUAACCAGCCAGCCCCACUGGCUCAUCUCAUCACUUUCCGAUAGUGACUCAGUGUAGUAGACUGCCCUGAAAAAGUAACACUGCUCAGAGGGCGUAUUCUAAUCUUUUUGUGUCAUAAACGCAACAAUGGCUGGAGCUCUUUGCAAGUGACCAUCAUCGCCACUCACUCCCGGCAAGUAGCCAUGUUUGGCAGCAGAAAAAAUGUACAAAUAGCCCUUUUAAACAUGGUUAGCCAGUGUUUUGACUCUUUUAGUAGCUUUUUAAUAUAUGUUGUUAGUUAAAAUUCUGAGUUUGCAGUUAUGAAGACUGUGGUUUAUAUUAUUUUUAAUAAUAACCAUGCAUUAACCAGACCUAUUUAAAAUUGUUGUCUGUGUUGUUUAUCAAACUCUGUUAAGCAAUUUCAUCUAUGACAGCAUAAAAAUUUAUUUUUUAAAUACAUACAUUUGUUUAUACUCUUAAAUAUAUUAGAUAUAAGCCAAAGAUGCAAAUUUUGCUUUGUGGAAACUGCCUUAUAGCAUCAAACUGCCAAUAGACAAGCUGACCAACACU